CAAAAAUUACACAAACACUAAUAGACUGGCCUACUAAAGGAAUCACGUGUGCGUGCCGUGCAUGGCCAAACCACACACGCCAGGAAGACCAAGGACGUACGUACGCCGGCAACUAAGGGAGCCGCAAAAAACGAAUGUGACAAAACAGACAGGCCGCACGGACAUAUCCGCGCACCAGCAUCCACAAAAGCACGUAUACACACAUGCAGCCACUCAGUCAUCGGGGCGACACACGGCCGUUGUUGGCCUGGUGACCCUUGUCCGCUUGCCUUGCCGUCUUGAAGGCGGUGUACACGUCCUUCCAGCCGGGGCCAGCAUUGAUCAGCCGAUCCACAACGAACGCCAUGCUACUCUGCACGUACCACAUGGCCACACGCAGAGCGACAGGGAGAACAGGGAAGCAGAGAGGAUAUGCGAGUCUGACACGGUGUCGCUGGUGCUUGUUUGGAUACCUGGAAGUCGGUGAAUGGUAUGCCUUCGGUGUUGGUGGUGUCGUCGGUGACGGCCUCUUCCUGAAUCGUGUUCAUCAGGUCCACAAAGGAUGACGAAGACGCCCUGUACAGAGAAGACUGGCCGCCCACCUGAGCAUGCACACGCAACAGACAGACAGACAGACAGACAGGCCCGACACUCAAACGAAGGGCAGAUGAACGAGGCCUCGUGCACACCCUGAGUUCCAAGGAGGGCAGGAGGACGAUCCGCUCGUUGCCUGACGUCGGAUCCUAAAUGGUCCGCCGCCUAGCCUUGUGCACCUUAAAUGUCUGGUGCCAGAGGAACUCCACAAAGUCGCAUGGGAUGGCCUGGAUGCCCACUUGCUCGAUGACCUCCUGCAUCGCCUCGCUCGUCAGAUUCAUCACCUCAGAACACCACCGCUUCCGCCGGUCGCUCUCCACACGACGCGCACGCAUAGUUCGUGACGUCAGAGUCUUGGCUACCGUCGACAUGCGAUACCACACCUCCUUCAGCGGAUUGGCCGACCGGCCGGACGCCUCGGUCGGUAUCACCGAGGAUGGCUCGAGGGAUGCGGGCAUUUGGGGGCUCGGUGCUUGUUCCGGUGGCAGGCUGUCAGCAGCUCGCCCGGCUUCUCCUUUCGACGCACUGGGAAGCUGGGGACCCGCCGGCGGUGGCUCUUGCGAUCUCGACUCGUCUGCGAUGAAGGUCGGAAACGGGCGAAGAGCAUCCUCUGGCAGCCGCUGCUCGGGCUCGUAGACGCUCGCCGCGUCGUGCUUUCUCAAAUCGUUGUAGCCCUCAGCUCCAGACGAUCCCUCUAGUAGUGCGGCUGGUGCGCUGUGUGACGUCAUCGGGACUGGAAGGGGCAGCGAAGAGGCAGGCAUCGCUGCAUCGACGAUGUAGCUGCACGAUCGCUUGCCCGGCUGACGUGAGGAAGAUGUGCUUGAUGGCGUGGCUGCUGCCCUCCCCUUGGCCCCGCCAUCGCUGGUCUUAAGGCAUAUCGUCAGCUGACUGCCGUCUGCGUCGAGCCGCACUACUGGGACUCGUGCCCGCCUCCUGUCCUCAAGGUAUCCGAGCAUGAAGGCAACCCGACGCAUCGCCGCGAAGAGGAUGCCGUCCUUCUUCUGUUCCACCCCUGGUUCAUCUGGAAGAUCCUGAAGCAGAAUGGACGUCAUCAGGAAACCUAUGCACACACACAUAGACGCAGGCACGCGUGACCGACCGGACGCCCUCAAUCAACAGUGGUGGUUGUCUGGCUGGUGUGGCUGGCUCACCAAUAGAGUGGUGUAUAGUGUGAUAAAUGAGAGCGAUGAUGUGGCAGACAUUGAUCAGCACGAUGACGCCUGUCAGCACGUAUCCCAGCCCCAGCUGCACCUCCUGGCUGACAGUCGGGUGGGCGGCUGUCGACGCCAGCAGCAUCAGACACCACAGUGAGACGUUCCAAAUCAGCAAACCUGAAAUCAAUCGAUCGACAGACCAACAGACUGACGCACCCGACCAUGCAGGCAGUGUGGCCUUGGCGCCUACAUACCUUGCGCCUCCAUGCGAUUGAGAAUAUUGAACGAUCUGCUGUCGAAGGGCCUCACCCACAGCUGCACGAUGAGCGACGAGGCAGCCACGAGCUGCCAACACACCAGCUGGAUCAUCCCAUCACCCAAAGACGCUCCCGCUUCCGCAAUGAUAAGGGUGGCUAUCCGCCGCAGAGCAAAACAGACAUCCCAGUAGAAGAAGGACCGACGGUAGCCGUUGUAGAGAAAUCCCAGGUUCUUGCGCGUCUGCCGCUUGUAGAGCCGCCCCGACCGCUGGUACGAGCACAGAAUGCUCAGUGCCGCGAUGACCGGGCCGAAGGACCACACGCACAGCCCCACGACGGAGACAAUGGUGAAGGUGAGGCGCUGGCCGGUGUAGCAGAGGAUUGAGGGGUCGAGCAGUGAGCGGCGGACGGUUGGAUAGGGCUCCUGGAGGAGUUCGCCGGGGUGCGCUGACAAGGGGAUGGAUGGAAAGUGUCGACAAGGGAGGAUCUCCAGCAGCUGACGCGUCACGGCUGAGACACGACAACGACACAACGGCACAGCACACCACACCGCCAUCUCCUUGCCUCGUCUGUCUGCCUAUCUAUCGCUGCCCAGCUCACUUGGGUGGAUGAACGUGAGGCACACUAUCCACAGCUGGGGCGACACGAAGUACUGCAGCAACUUGUCCCUCGCUCUCCGCCACCUCUCGCUGAGGCUGCCCGAUUGUGACUGCCGCUGGCCAGAACGGUGGGUUUGGGGCUGCUCCUGCUCAUGUGGGUCUGCAACAUCGUCGUCUGUGUGAGGCUUGUUUGUGCCCGGGAAGCACAUCUGGGAGAGGUUGGAGGCCUUGCAAUGAAGAGGCAGAGUUUGCCAUAGACCCCACAGCAGAGUGGCGACGGUCAGCCUGGUAAUGCACAAAUUGACACGAUUUGAGCUGUCGCUGGCUGAUUGAUCGACUGACCAGACGAGCGGGAGUGCAAUCCACGAGGCCCUCCUGGCCAGCAUCACGUCGCUGCCCCGCAUCCCGCCAUCCCUCAGAAGACACUCCCAGCUGAAACAACAACGCCAACAUGCGAGAAAGGCUGGACGGCUGGCCACAGCCUUGCUUACGUGACGUCUGCCGUCGGCACUCCACCUGCAUCAACACACAUAAAGGCAUACAAGACGAUAUAGCCGGUAGCCUGCCUUCACUGGGCCGCGCAUACUUACCGUCCCAUCGGAAGGCCCACCGAAGAAGUUCGAUGCCGUCCGGCGGCAGCAUGCGCGAAGAAUGGAGGCCAAAGAAUGUCAGGGCGCUAACCUGAGUGCACAGUGGCAAACACACGCAUGACAGGCACACGCAGGGGAGUCAGGCAAGCAAAGUGGUCUUAUUUCGCUUGGCUUGAGGUGUCCGACAGGGCGAGUCACUGACCGCUGUGAGGUGGUAGAGACCUGUGUGAGUGACAGAUACACACACACACACACACACACAGAGGUGACAGCUUCGUGUGCUUUCUGAGUCUCUUUCACUGCUGACCGAUCUUAAUCAGCAUCGCAUGGACAUGAGCACGAGGCAGCACACUCGACCUAUACACAGGCACACAACCAACGACUGGAGCCAGGCAGCAGGUCAGUCGGCCGUUUGUGUUGCCGCACCUCUGUGAGAGUGUGGUGGCAAUGAAUAUGACAAUUAAGACGACCACAUACAGGACGACGGCUCCCGUGGUGUUCCACCCGUGGCUGCCGCAUCUCCUGCACAGACCCGACAGUGUCCCCACACUCCGCCAGCCCUUGACGCAGCUCCCGCACAUGGGACCCGUGUGACCAUCCUGAUUGACCGAUCGAACACACACACACACACACACGCACGGGCGCAUCACACUAGCAAGUGGUUGUCCGUCGCGCCAUAUCGCCGUCUCGUCUUGCCUUGCAUUUGUUGAGCUUUGUGACGGUCUGCGUGGCUGCGUCCCAGUCCGAGCCCUCACAGGCCUCCGGAACAGGACACCGCACCAACACAGGCCGAGAAGUCACGUGUGCAUCAUAUCUGAACGAAUCACAGCAGCACAGGUGUCGACAUAGAGUGUGAUGUGCACACACACAUACUUACGUUGAUAUCGGCACCGGCAGCCGUCGGUAGGUGACGUUCGUCUCAGGGUCCACCCACACGGGCGGCAGAGCGAGCUCUUCUGCAACAGCUUCACCGCCACCCGCCCCCCUGAGCGGCGCUCUACGCCGCUCAGGCGUCACAUUUGCUGCACUGACUUCAAGCUCCGUUGUGUAUGCCGACAGAGGGAUGCCGCGCACAAGACCGAGUCGCCCCAAAGGCAGAGAUCGAUUGCUGCUGUUGUCGGCCUCCACUCUGACGACGGCGCCAUGCCGGUUGCAGAAACUUUUUAAGGGAGCCUCUGUCGACUUGGCCGCCAGCACGGGCACGAGCAGGGGCACAUCCAUGUCCAGCUCGUACCAGCUCGGCUGCACGAGAAAUGGACGCUGAGAGUCUGUGAGCUCCAUGCCCUCGGAGCUGCUGCCACGUGUGUCGCAGAGGCUUGAGCUAUCCGUAUGUGGCAUCCGUUUCAGGCUCUCCUCUGGAAGUAGAAAACACUCUUUUGUACAUGAUCGCUGUGAACGAAACAAAUGAAAGAUCGAACAAAACAAGUAAAAGAUCAUCAGAACUGAUGGCUGCUCAUGUCUCUCAUUGUUGUUCCGCGUACAUUGCGUAUAGUUCUUCGCAAUAACAGCCCUGUCGUGAUGUGCUCGCAAUCGGUGAGGUUGAGUGGAGACCAGGACAGCGUAUGCAUGGAACAGUAUCGCCCUGAACUGCCUUGUAGGUGCCUGAAUGUGAUAGCAGAAUCAAACGUGUCAUUGGAGCUUGCCCGCUUACCUGCUGGACACGGGCUGCAUCUGUUGCCUUUGAAUUCAUAGCCUCGAUCACACGCUGAGCAGGCUGUGCCAUUUAUUGCAACUGCAAACCUCAAAUCACGCAGAGAAUGCCGUUGAUAGAGGAUUGAUAGGGAAUCAGAGAUUUUUCGAUAUUUACCUCGGCCAAGGGGGCAUUUCUGACAUUUCUGAAUGCCCUGAGCAUGUAUCGUCACUGAACAAACAGAAACACCCACACUCAUACAGGGAUGCGUGAACUGAGAGAGAUUGGCUAUUUGGCAGCAGUGCUCACCCUGGCCAGGCGGGCAUUGAGUGCAGUUCAGCCUUCUCCCCUCCCAUCCAUCCUUGCAGCGACACAAUGCAUCAACAUUUACUGUUACAUCCGCCUGGCCAUAAAAGUCAAGACGGAGCGAGAGGAAAAUCUGAUUCAUUCCUUUCUUCUUACAUAUACUUUGACUCCCAAGGCAUUUGUACAUAUGUCCGUGCACUCGACGGCCGGAUGGACCUCCCAUACAAAGUCCUCCCAAUAGUGGUCUGUAUGAUUCCUACGCCACUCGCUAUACGGGAGAUAAUCUAUGAAUACAAACACACAUUCACCAUUCAUCACAGCCACCUAACGUAUAAUGGCUCUAAAUUUUCCUACCGUCAUGAUCGGCAACAAGCUGGGCAGCAAGCUGAAACGAAUUUUCUCGCGCUUCCCUGUGAGCUGAGCACGAUUUGCUGCUGUGCGGCAGUAUCUGCGAAAGAAAAUGCAUUAAACAUUGAACAGAUAACUUUCUGAAUCCUCCACGCACCUGAAGCCUCAGCUUUCUGUUGUGAAGAAGAUAAAGAUACCUCAGGGAGGCAGGAGUGGAGUGCCUAAACAGAACCAUACCAUGCAAGUUAAGGCACAUUGCAUACAGAGACUUGAGACGUGAACGAAGAACAUACCAUCCAUCGCGUAUGUCCUCAAUUUCAUUCACGUUCAGCAGGAGCUCACUUAAUGACUCGAAUCCCUUAUGCGUCCUCAGGUUGAUGUCUGGAUAUAAGUCAUCAAUCGUCAGCGCGUAGUCUAGCUUCUCCACAUCCAUCGACAGAUCAGAAUCGUCAGCCACACUCUCAUUGGCCGACUCCGCAGGCGACCCAUAAUUGUCGCUCACCAUAUCCAUACUUGUAGCGUUCGUUUGCAACCGAUAAGCCGCCAUGAACGAAGCCUUGUAUCGCAUGAAUAAGGGCGUAUUGAGGAGUCCUGUAUCAAAGACCUGUUGCAAGUCGAAAGUCGUCACCGCAUCUGCCGUCAAAGAGCCGUGAAGGCCGUUGACGCGCCCGGUCAGGCGCCGAAGAGACCUUUGCCACUUCCAGGGCAUCAGAAACUCGUCUACAGUCGUAUUGAAGCGGUUUCUGCUCAUCUCAAGCGAGUGGAGUUGUGGCCAGUAAGGAGGCGGAUUGGCUAGGACUUGAGCUACGAAGCGAGCACUCGGACCUGACACCAUAGGUCAUACACCCAUGAAUCAUACUAUUGAUUUAUCGGCUGUACUUGAGACAGCGGGAAGAGCAGAUAAAUGUACUCCCCAUUUGAGUGGCUCCAGACGGUUGCCGGAAAGCCACAGUUCCCUUACUGCAGCAGUCACGCAAUAUUGUGAGUGCAUUAUUGUCUGCAUCAGUGCGUUGAUUGUCUGUAUGAAGCGCGUGCUUUUACAUGUGCUUACGAUUGUCUAGACGUCUCCACCCAGGAGGGAUGCGUGAAAGGAGAUUGUCGGAGAGAAGAAGUACCUCCAGCCUAGAUGCAUUACAGCAAUAUACAUGUCUACGUGCAAGUCACUCAUCGCUGACUUACUUGGACGGUAUACGUCAGUCACCCUCAAAACCAUGAAAGGCAUUACGAUUGAGGUACAGCUUUUUCAGAGAAUCCAUACGGCUCAGCCACGCUGGUAUAACGCCUGCGAGACGAUUAGUAGAUAGAUCAAUAUGCUGGACAUGCCGGAGGCCCUCGAGUGUUGCAGAUAGCUGAUCAACACUGACAGUAGCACACACAAAUAGCGAUCCGUCGCACUCUCUGUUACAGCAACCGACCUUGUUUCUUCAAUGUCGAGUCUGCGCAGUCUCCAGAGUCCAUUUAGAGAAUCAGGAAUAGGACCCUCAAUACCCUAACAACACGGAUGAUGCAUGAACAGCGGGAAUAAGCUAUAGGAUUGUGUCAUGUACCUUGCACUUGUGAAUGACUAAGUCUCGCAGAGAAGUGACGUUGCCGUAGGCGGCCGGGAUGGUGCCCGUGGCAUUCUCACAGUUCUCUAGCCAAAAUCUGUGAAGCUUGGGCAUGUUCUUGAGAGCCGGCAGCGCGCCCGUUAUGGCCGUACUGCUCAUAAGAAACACUUCCAGGGACUCACAAUGGUCGAAAGCAUUUACAAGAGAGCCCGUGAUGCUCUUGCCUGACAGCCUCACUAUCCUCAAAGUGGUGCAUUGAGGGGGAGGGGCGGCCGCAGACAAGUUGGCCUCUUGGCCGUGAAAGAGUGAGCGCACGUUGAAGCCCAAUGGGUUGCGGCUGAGGGAGAGUACCUCCACUGAUUUGCCGAACAUCGUAUGGAAAGAUGGUGGCAGAGUGCCAUUCAACUGGGUGUCAUCCAAAUAGAGGCCGCGUAGGUCCGGCAAAGAGACAAUGGCGUCGGGCAGCGGACCGCUGAGCUGACUCUGUAACAUCACAGCCAGCAAUCAAGAGAGAGCGAGAGAAAUCUAGAGGCUUGGGUAUCCCGCCAGCUGCCUGGUUACCCCCACCUGAUGUAUGUACAGCAGUCUUGGCUGCACCAUCUCGCCGAUCCUCUCAGACAGUCUGCCAUGUACGGGGGCAUCUACCAGCACGACGCCGAGUAGUCCCUUCAGGUCGUAGAGAGAUGAAUGUAGCUUCACACCUCCACGAGGAAAGAUAAGCCGCGUUUGCUGGCCAGGGUCAAGCACCAUGAUGUACCCGUCCACCAUCCCAUCGCCCCCUUCCAUCCAUUCCUCAACCACAUGGCCUCCCAUCCUCGACGGGCCCUCGUGCGUCGUCCGGAAACGAAGGCAUACAAUGAAAGGCAGAUCGCACACGCGGAAACCCGCAGCAGCCGGACGCCCUCUCACCUCGAUGUUCAGUGAGCGAAUGAACUCCCUGAGUGGCCCGCCAGCAUCCUCCUCACACACCAUACAAUCCUCAUAAAUGACACCCACUGUCCCAUUGGUCUCAUUGGCACCAUCCGAUCCCACGAGCACACGCAUCGAUGUUCCGGGCAUCACUCGAUCCUCGGGACCGAACGGCCGAUACUUGCGCAGCAGCUGCAGCUUCAUCAUCGCUGACAUGGCAUGGCCGUCCUGCUGCGGUGAAGUACUGGUCGAGAUGGCGGGAGUGUCGUCUGAGACUCUGAACGGUUCCCCGUAAUCGUGCAGCAUUUUUGAGUCAGCCGAUACGCCAUCAGCUACAUCUCUCGUCAGCCCGUCGGUUGGUUCGGCGACCUGCAGCUGGCGGCUUGCUGCUGCUGCUGAGCGCUGAUGACGCGGCAGCGAGUGCGAUUGAUAGAGAGAGAGCUCAUGAGUGUCGUCAUCGACCUCGUCACGAUAAGACAGAUGAGGCGCCGGAGGAAGUGCAUCGGCCGAGUCCCUCCGCUCCGCUAGCCGCCCAACGAUGAAAGCAGCUGCCAUCCAGGCAGACACGCGACUCCCCUUGCCCCAUAACGGCCCAUGAGUCCCAUUGCAGACACACUCGCAGUGGCAAGGCCUGUCACAUUGAUCUUCCACAGUCGUAUGUCCUCCGUCAGCCGGUCUUCCUCCUUUAACCGGCGAAGCGAGAGCAGGGACGAGUAAUAGAGCAGUACACAAUCUCAACAAGAAGAUCCGCCGCCGUCUUCGAUGCGAGUCACAUCGUGAAUCCAUUUGCUUCACAGCUUGACAAAGUCUGUGGUCUGUGGGGAGG